UCUCUGUUUGAUCCAUACGCGCCACGUCUCACUUUCUCGCUCUGUCUCCGCUACAGAAGCACCAAGCGGUGUACACGGACACGGUGCCGUACCCCGUUUACACCGGUUAUUUACUGUCGCGCUUCAUUGUCGCGUUUUACCCUCGAGUGGCUCUCUUCGGCGCGCGUGAAUGAACACCGAUCGUGUGGAUCACGUACCCCGCCGCCCUUCUUCGAGUAUCCUGCGCUCGCGUCCGCGAGCUAUCGCGAAUCCGCGCGAACAGUCCGAUCCCGCGUCGAUGAAGCGUCGCUCGACGGUGGUUGCACCGAUUUCUUACGCAGCGAAUCGGUGAAGUGACUCGCGGACCUCUCUCUCUCUCUCUCUUUUCCUUGAGUCAUCUUGAUCCUCGUUGUUGUUCCAUUGAGACGCUGUGAUUGUGAAGCCAGCAAAGAUGCUUGACACGUUCCACUGGAAAAUGUAAAGUUAAGGGAUGCCAGUGCACGGGGGAACACAGUGGUGCCGAGUUGGAAAAGUGUAGAGACCGCAGAGACUUGGAAUUUCGGAGGUACUCACGGCUCCAGUUGUCACCUGGAGGGUUCAUUGUUCGGUCAUACACGGAGUCGUUCGACUGUCGAAUCACGGAGGAACCGCGCUGCAUGUAGCCGUCGGCUGCAGGCUCGCACUUCUCGAUGGAUCCCCUGGUGCUAGAGAGCAACGCGUCCGAUUUGGGUGGCGACCAACAGCAACAGCAGCAGCAGUCUCAGCACCAACAACAACAGCAGCAACAGUACGGCGAGGUGAACCAGUUGGGGGGUGUGUUCGUGAACGGGCGGCCCUUGCCUAACGCUGUCAGAUUGCGAAUAGUGGAGCUCGCCCAGCUGGGCAUCAGGCCGUGCGACAUCUCGCGGCAACUGCGGGUCAGUCAUGGUUGUGUCAGCAAGAUCUUGGCCCGUUACCACGAGACUGGCAGCAUACUGCCGGGUGCGAUCGGCGGCAGUAAGCCCCGGGUGACAACCCCGAAGGUGGUCCAGUACAUCAAGCAGCUGAAGCUCAAGGACCCGGGGAUCUUCGCCUGGGAGAUCAGGGACCGACUGCUCUCCGACGGCGUCUGCGACAAGUACAACGUGCCCUCGGUGAGCAGCAUUUCCAGGAUAUUGAGGAACAAGGUCGGCGCGGCGACCGCGAUACACCAUCAUCCCCAUCAUCCGGCGCAUCAUCACCAUCAUCAUCAUUUAUACGCGGCCGCAGCGGCCGCGGGGGCCGCGCUUUGCCCUGUCCCUUACCCGCCGACGCCCUAUCACGCGACGCCGCCGCCUGUUACGCAUCACCAUCAUCAUCAUCACCAUCAAGUUGGGCCGACCACGCCGAGCAAGCUGUCGCCCUCGUCGCCGACCUCGAUCCACGCUGGCCAUCAGCCGACAACCACCGGCAGUCUUCAGUGGCCUAGUCCCCAUACAGUCCACGACAUUCUCGCGACAGGCUGCAACCUGACCAAUUCCCCGUCGUCUUCGUCGCCGACGUCGCCGCUCUGCGCGUCGGUGAACAACAGCCAUCAUCACCACGGCCAUCACCAUCAUCAGAGCAACGAGAACGUUGCUGCUAACCAUAACAAUAACAACAAUAACAACAACAACACCAGCAGCAACAACAACAAUAACAAUAACGAGGAGGAAGGUUACCAUCAUCCGCAUCACCAUCACCACCAUCAUCAGCAGUAUUACGCGUCCGCUCUUUACCAUCAUCAUCACCACCAUCAUCACACGGACUCCGUGACACCUGUAAUGACUGCGUCACCGGUGCUCGCCGUCCAGUCGAUCAUGAUGCAGUCCUCCGCAGCGAAUAGUCAACCUGCUAGUCCCUGUAAUUGAGACGAUUCGGUCAGGAGAAAGAGUUGAAAGUCAUUUGAAAAGUGAAACCGCGAGAAAAUGGGUUGCACCUCUUCGAAGGAAGAAGAUCGGAGGAGCACUGUGAGUGGUGCGAGUGAAACGACGAG